CAGUGCAGGACAGGCAAGCAUUGCGGCAGUUCAUUCAAUGCCAAUACAGGAGGUAUUGCUUAAGUUCAUUCAAUGCCGGUUCAUUCAAUUCUGUUGCUGCAGCUCAAGGCUCAUUCGGUGCCAAUCCAGGGAGGCAUUGCUGCUGUUCGUAAUGGUAUCAACACAUACAGCUCUGUUGCUGCUGUUCAUUCUCUGACUAUGCCCAGCUCUGUUGCUGGAGCUCCUUCAAUGUCAGGAGAUGGAGGCAUAACUAUGGGUUACUCAAUCACACUGCAUAUAGGUGUUGCUAUAGUUCAUGCAGUGCCAAUGCACAACAAGCAGACAUUGAUGUGGUUCAUUCAAAGGGAGUAUAGGUAGGCAUUGCUGCAGGUCAUUCAACAGAAAUGCAGUACAACCUUUAUGCAAUUCAUUCAAUGCCACUAUGUGCAAUGCUGUAGAGAAUUCCAAAGACUCACUUCAUUUUGGGUGAAUAAAUUUCCUUUCAUCUCGGUUCUCAAUAGCGGACACCCUAUUUUGAGACUUCGACCUCUGGUUCUAGAUACUCCGGCCAAGAGGAGCAUUAGCCCUCACAUCUACCCUGUGAAAUCCAGUAAGAAAUUUGUAAGUUUCUAUGAGAUCAUCUCACAUUGUUCUGAAUAUUGGUGUACAUACACUCAAUUAAUUCAGCAAGACAGCUGCACUAUUGUCAUUUAAUGAACUGCAGCAGCAUUGCUCUGUUGCUGCAGUUCAUCAAAGUCAUGGGACGGAGGUGAUACUAGUUUACUCAAGUGUUGCUGAAAAUUGUGUAAUGCCUGUAUAGGGUGAGCAGGCAUAGCUGCAGUGCAUUCAAUGUGAGUAUAGAUGCAUUAGUGCUGUUAAUUCAAUGUAAAGUAGUUGCAACUGCAAUUUAUUCAAUGGCAUAUGCAAUGUAGUUGCAGUUUAUUGAAUGUGAACAAUUUCAGUUUUGCUUGCAGUUUAUUCAAUGCCACUAAGAAAUGAAGCGAGGAGAAUUUUUUUUCACUCAGAAAAGAACAUGGAACAGUACAGCACAGGAACAGGCCCUUCAGCCCACACUGAAGAUGAUACUGAAUUAAACUAAAGCUCUUCUGCCUGUACAGGAUCCGUAUCCCUCCAUUUCCUAUAUAUUCAUGUGUCUAUCUAAACAGCCUCAUAAACACCACUAUUGUAUCGUAUUGGUGAUUCUUUCAAAUUCUCAACCCCAGAGGAAGCUCAGUUAUUCAAAACUGAGACUGAUACAUUUUUGGUUAGCAGGGAUAUGGGGAUAGGACAAGAAAAUGUGGUUGAAGUGGAAGAUCUGCCAUGAUCUUGUUAAUGGUAGGGCAGGCUCGAGGGUGGCAUGGCCUUCUCCUACUUCUAUUUCUUAUGUUCUUAAAACAUGUUGCAGCUUAUCCUACAUCAUUUGGUGCAGCUCUGUUGUUCAAGUUAAUUCAAGGCACUCAGAUGUUGCUGCAGUUCAUUCAACGCUAGCACAUCAACUGAGCAUGUACACUCCAGAGUUCAAAAUCCGACCUCAUAGAAACUUACAAAAUUCUUAUGGGACUUCACAGGGUAGAUGUGGGAAUAAGGCUUCAUUUGGCUGGAGUGUGGAGGAUCGGGGUCACAGUCUCAAAAUAAGGCACCAGCCACUCAGGAUUGAAAUGGGAGGAAAUUUCUUCACAUAAAGAGCAGUGGAUCUUUGAAAUUCUCUGCCCAAGAAGGUUGUGGAGGCUCAUUCAUUGAAUAUAUUCAAUACAGAGAUCAAUAAAUUACAGUAUAAUUAGGGGCAUCAAGAUAUAUGGAGUUAGUGCAGGAUAUUGAUGCUGCGGUAAAAGAUUAUUGGCCACUCCCCUUCGGAUGAUAAGCGGUAGAAUGUAGGGGUAGUUGAUGACAACAUGGAGAGGUUACAGGGGAAAAUUAGUAGGAGGAAUGGAAUUGCUCCGUGAGUUGGCAUAGACGCUAUGGGCCAAAUGGCCUUCUUCUCUGUCAUAAGUCAUACGGAAAUAUUGAAUUUGGCAGAGCAGGUGCGAGAGAUUGAUGCUCCUCUACCUUGUGGCAUUGUGGAUAGUGUAGAAUUUUGCUAAAGGAUGCAGCAGGAUAUAGAUCAGUUAUGGAUAUGGGCAGAGGAAUGUCAGAUGGAGUUCAAUCUGGCCAAACAUGAGGUGUUGCUCUUUGGGAGAUCAAAUGUAAAGGGACAGUACACAGUUAAUGGCAGGACCAGUGUUGAUGUACAGAGGGAUCCAAGUCAGUAGCUCCCUGAAAGUGGCUCCAUAUGUUAAUAGGGUGGUAAGGCAUAUGGCAUGCUUGCCUUUAUUAGUUGAGGCAUUAAGUUCAAGAGGCAGGAAGUUAUGUUGCCGCUUUAUAAAAUUCUGGUUAGGCUGCAGCUAGAGCGUUGCUUUCAAUUCAGGUCGCACCAUUAUAGGAAGGAUGUGGAGGUUUUGGAGAGGGUGCAGAAGAGGUUUACCAGGAUCCUGCCUGGAUUAGAGGGCAUGUUGUAUAAGAAGAGGUUGGACAAACUUUGGUUGUUUUCUUUGGAGUGGCAGAAGCUGAGGAGAGACCUGAUGGAAGUUUAUAAGAUAAUGAGAGGCAUAGAUAGACAGCUGGUACCUUUUUCACAGGGUCGAAAUGUCCAGUACUGGAGGACAUGCAUUUAAAGUGAGAGGGGGUAAAUUCACAGGAGAUGUGCGGUGCAAGUUUUUUUUUACAGAGAGGCGUGCCUGGAAUACGCUGCCAGGGGUGGUUGUGGAGGGAAAUACAACAGAGGUGUUUAACAUAUUCUUAGAUCAGUACAUGAAUGUGCAGAGAAUGAAGGGAUAUGGACAUUCUGUAGGCAGAAAGCAUUAGUUUAGUUAGGCGUUCAAUUUUAAUUUGUUCAGCACCACAUCGUGGGCCGAAGGGCCUGCUCCUGUGCUGUGCUGUUCUAUAUUCUACUUCUCAAAUCCAAAUCCUUUGCUGCCAUUCAUUCAGUGCCAAAACAGGUGGACAUUGUUGCUGUGAUAAGACUAUUGAACAGUUCCUUUAUACAGUGAGAUGGACUAUGACCUCACGAUCUACCUUGUAGUGACCUUGCACCUUACUGCACUGCACGUUCUCUGUAGCUGUGACACUUUGUACUGUUAUUGCUUUUUUUACCUGUACUACAUCAAUGCACUCUGUACUAACUCAAUGUAACUGCACUGUGUAAUGAAUCGACCUGUACGAUCGGUUUCUAAGACAAGCUUUUCACUGUACCUCGGUACAAGUGACAAUAAUAAACCAAUACCAAUAGAUUUAACGCUGCAGGUGCCGUUCCGUUGUUGCAGAACGUUCAAUGUCAGUGCAUGCGGCUCUUGUCUCUGCAGUUUAUUCAAUGCCAACACAGCAGCCAGGCACUGUUGCAGCCCAUUUGAUGCCUGUGUCAGUGCGUACGGCUCCGAGGUUGCAGUACCUUCAAUGUCAGUGCGGACGGGCGCGACUGCGAGCGUUGAUUGACAGGUGACGCAGCGGCGCCGCCGCUGGUCCCGUCCCGUGGGGCGGUGCUGCUGGAAGAUGGCGGCGUCGUGUCGCACCGGGGGAGCCGGACCUUGAGCCCCUGACACCAGACCCCAGCCGCCGAUCGCGAAGAUGCCGGCUCACUCUCCCAAGUCCAGGAGCCGCGAACGGGAGACGCGCAGCGGCGGGAGGCUGGAGUUCCUGGUGCAGAGCCGGCCGCCGGGCCUUCUGCAGAGACCGGGCUCGGAGCCGCCAUCGCCACGGCACCGGGCGACGCAGCUGGAGGGCCACGGCCUGCGCCGGGACUCGGGCUCCUCCUCCUCCUCCUCCUGCCUCGCCGCGGCCGGCUGCUCACAGUCGCAGCUGCCCGAGGAAGACUGCAUGAAGCUGAACCCGUCGCUGCUUGGUAUCGCCCUGCGGUCAUUGCUGGCCAUUGACCUGUGGCUGUCCAAGCGCCUGGGCGUGUGCGCCACCGAGGACUCGCCUUGGGGCAGCGCCCGGCCUAUCAUGAAGCUGAUCGAGGUGUCGGGCCACGGCAUCCCCUGGAUAGCGGGCACCUUGUACUGCCUGUGGAAGAGCGACAGCGCCGCCGGCCAGGAAGUGCUGCUCAACCUACUGUUGGCUUUAAUCUUAGACCUGGUCCUGGUUGGCAUUGUCAAGUCAUUGGUCCGCAGGCGUCGCCCCACACACAACAGGAUGGACAUGUUUGCUACAUUUUCUGUGGAUAGAUACUCCUUCCCAUCGGGACAUGCAACCAGAGCAGCAAUGGGAGGCCGAUUCUUCCUUAAUCACUUGGUUUUAGCUGUUCCACUGCGCAUUUUGGUUGUGCUGUGGGUGUGCAUUGUGGGACUCUCGAGAGUGAUGCUGGGAAGGCACAACGUGACAGAUGUUCUUUGUGGAUUCAUCAUGGGGUAUUUACAGUUUAGCCUGGUGGAGUAUAUGUGGUUGUCAUCCAAUAGCCUGCAGACCCUCCUGAGAUUAUGGGGACUCAAAUAGUUAUAGUAGUGCAAAAUGUUUGAUUUUUAUGUAUCCAACUUUACAAAGGUACUGUAUUCUCAAUAGCGUGGUAGGGUUGAAGUAUGGUUACUUAAUUUGCAGACAUAGUAAUCUUUCAUUUAGGAGAACAUCCUACUUCGGUCAACCUAGGUUAAUGUACAAAAUUGGUAAAACAUAUUUUGUUAAAAGAUUAUGAUUUUCCACAUUUCUUGUAUAUUAUCUGUUAAGAUAUAAGAAGCCAAGUUAAAAUUAUGAUUCCAUUCUUCAUCGGAAUGCUGAUACAUCAUCAUAUUACACAUGAAUGUUGGUUGGAUACACUUUCCAAGCUUUUGCUUUGCAAGCUUCCGAAGUAAUAUUAGUGAUAUUACUACUAGGUCAGUGUUACAUUACGCAUUAUGACCUUCCAUGUUAUAAAUUUAAAGUAGUGAUAUAUUUCAGGUUAAAUUUUUUUUAAUGGGAAUUUUUUUUUCCAAGGCACCAUGAGUAAUCUGCUUAAAUUAAUUCCAAUCCUGUUGCAAGAAACUCUGUCUACCUGACCUAAAUUUUAGCCAGGUCCCAGAGGCAAAAGCAGUCUUCGCACAUGGCUUUCUAUGAUUUCUAUACUUAGGUUUCACAUAAGUUUCUGGUUAACAUGAAACCUAAUCUGUAAAUUAUUUUUUCUAAUUCAGAAAUAACAAAAAGGUAAAAUUCAAUAAAAUGCAAGCCUUUAACUGCCUUUCUAAAUUAAAUCAUUUUCCAUUGAUAUUUGUAAUUCCUUUUCAGACUAAGUAUGUGAAAAAUAUUGCCUUUUUAAUUAAGGUUUAACCAAAGCGGGGAACCAUUCGGUUGUCUGAUUUUGUGUUGAUGUCUGUUUUGGGUCUGUCAGAGAUCUGAACCAACAUUUUUUUCCACAGGACGUUGCUGUUAUGUCUUGAUCAUAUUUUUACUGCUUUUAAUUUUUUUUCAUGAUAAACUCCUUUCUGUUUCUCUGUAUGUAUCUUCUGAAUGACAAUCCCAAAAAGUAAAAUGGCUGUCCAUCUUAUGCUCAUGCAAUUUUUUUUUGUGGAACUUGGUUUUCUUUUUCAGAUGAUUUACUUCCUACUGUGAUACCUUUUAAACUAUUCCUGUCACUCUGGCUCUUCUUGCUUGUGUACUCCCAUUCUCUUUAUUUACCACUGCGUCCUUUUGUCUUUGUUCCAUGUAAAUGCAUGUUUAAAGUAUAUCUUUACGUAUCAGUUUCUCUUUUUCUCUCCCUCCUCUUCCACUCUGCCAACUUCUUACUCCUCUUUCUGAUAGUCCUUUUCAAAGGUUUGGUGUGAGGUUUCUAUGACUAGACAAACUACUGUUCCAGUUACUUCUCUCUCUCUCGCUCUCUCGUGCCCAUUCACAUCCCAUCCCUUCUUACAUAUAUAUUCACUUUACUGUGUUGUCCUUGCAGCAGCUGUCAGGGAAUGCUACGGUAGAUGAGGUUGCUGCAGCCAACUCUACAAUGUUUGAGCAGAUUACUAAGAAAAUGGACUUCAUUCAUAUCGGGACCUCUGUAAAGUCUUGCCCCUUAGUGGGCCACCACUUUUGAAAACAGAAAACCCAGUAAAUACUACUUUGAAUCACGGGGAUUUUCUCAUCUGAUUGCGAGAGAUUGAUUUCAGUGAUUAGCAACUCAAUUAUUGUAUAAUUUAAUUACAGAAUCUUUUCCAUAAAUGGUCAAAGAUGAACUAUAUGGGUCUUGUUCUGUUUUCCAUAUGCUACUUACACAGUUGUGCUCUGAGAGGAAAACCCACAAUGUAUCAGAAUCGGUUUUUUUCCUUCCCUUCACCCUAAAAUAAAGUUUACUGUCCAGGGAAUAACUGUGGUGCAUUGCCCAGCUAUAGAGGGAAAAAUCAGCAGUAUAAGAUAAUAAUUUCGUAAAAGUCAGUUGCCUUUCCCUUUUUGUUCCUGUCCCCACAUCCAUUAGCAAAAAUAAAUUAUUUUGUGUGUAUGAAGCCAACAAUGAUAUGUAUGUCUGUUCAUUUUAUUUGUAUAUUGCUUUUCUUCCUUAUUCAAUGAAAUAAUUGAGCCUCCAUCCAGUGCCUUUAUUCUUGGCAGCUACUGGCAUAUGUUAUGAAUGGGUAAUGCUGAAUUCUAUCAUUCCUAUCAGGAGUUUAAAAAAAUCCUAUUAAAAUGUCUGUUCCAAAACUGCUUCUGACCAAGUGGUUUCAAAACAUAUGGCACGAAUGCAGUUACCAGGAGUUAUUUCCCCAAGCAAUAUUUAGGUAUGACUGUUGUGCAAAAUAUAUCUGUCCUUGCAGAAACCUUUUAGUUAACUGUCAACUAGGAGCAGUUCCGACAUUUGGUGACCAACUCUGACAUUCGAGAACCUCAAUGCGCCGUGUUAGUAGAAAUUCAAGAUCCAGCUCCUUCCUGUCAGCAUGUACAAUGUUAAAUAUUUGUUUAGCUGUGACAGUACUGAUCUAGUAUUUGUACAGCUGCUCUGUCUCUGUUGUUCCUUCUCUGCUGAAUUACAAUAUAGAGUAAAUUGAGUCUGCUUUAUUACAUAGCAGUUAUACAUAUUUCUGCAAGACAAGCACAGCUAGUAAUGAAACCCCGUAGCUCUUGUAUGUCCAUUAGAUGAGGCAGCAGGCAAACUGAUUUUCCCCCAAAAUCACCAGCACAGCUUGCUGUGAUCAUAAAUAUUAGUUUAUAUUUUGAGGGGUUUACAAAUUUCCCAGAUUAUACCAGGAUGUGCCAUGUAGUCUCAACAGAUAUCGAGGAAGUUGUUGCCUUCAAAUCAGUGCACAGUAUGUAUUACAAAGAAAGCAAACUGUGGAGUUAAAAUCUUUUUAAUAACAUACCAAUUUAAACCUGUUCUGCUAUAUUAUGUUUUUAUAUCCAUAUCUCGUUAAAAAUAUGGACUAUACCAGCAGUAUACAGAUGCAGUUAUGUUCCGUGUCAGCUGCUAGGGUUAUGUUGCUUCCCACCUGAGUAGACUUGUUUUACACUCAACUGAAACACACCAUUGAUCGCAUCAUGUAGGAGACUAGCUUUUGAAUAUUUUAAAAUGUUUUUAUUUACAAGAGAAAUGAAAAUGUUAUAAUAUGUUGGCAUUGUUUUUUAAUUAUGAUCUUCAGUAUGGCAGCUAAAGUGUUCAAAUAAACAUUUAAAUAAUAUGAUUUAUGAAGUGGACAACUGAGUAAAGAAGGUUCAGUUAUGUAUCUUGAAUAAAUCUUUGAUCAUCCAUAAAGCUACACUGUUUUGAACCUAGUAUUUGUGGUGUGUAGUUGUACUUGUGUCUGUUCUGAAAUAUAAUCAUAUAACUAAAAUAUAUUUGUGCUGUGUAAUUUAGGAAGUAGAAUGAAAGUUUUUUUGGAACACUUAAUUACCAUAUUAAAUGUUUAUAUUAAGAAAAUAAUGUUCUGUGAAAAGUUACACCUGUGUUGUAAUGCAAGUUAGCUGAAGCUUACUAAACAAACUUUGUUUGUAUUACUAUUGCAAAUCUCAGGAUUAGUAUUCCAUUCAAGAGUCAACCCUCCUAACCCAACUGUUAUUCAGCAAUUCUUUUGCAGGCUCUAUGACUGUAUUUGCUGCUUUUCCAAAAAUAAAGUGACGGAAACACAGCAUUUCCUUUUUGAAUUCUGACUGAGCCUGCCUUAUUUACUCAGUGCCUGCAGAAAUAGAUUUGACUACUAUAUCUUCGCAUCACAGUUUGGCCAAACUCCAAAUAGCUUUGAUUAGUCACAAGCUUGGAACAUUUUAGACUCUGUGGACUGGCCAGUCACUUUUCCCUCAAUGUCGGAAGAACUUCAAAUAUAAUGAUCAAAGUGUUAAUAAAUAUCAGUGCUAUAGUAACUCUAUUGUACAAAAAUGCAUCAUUUAAUUUUUUGAUGAUAGUUAAAUGCCCCACCUCACUGUAUCUUGUCUUGCCUGCCCUAUUUUUAUUGUCCAAUUUUUCAGUCACCUUUUGAUUCUACUCUGAGCUUGCUUAUUGAUUUAAAAUGCUUUCCUGUUUUCUUGGAAGUGGGAACCAUAUCAAAUGAGUACUUGAAAGUCUAAAAGGGCUUCAUAAAGCAGUUUCUCAACACAUCAUUGCUUUGGAUCAUUCCUAACUCGGGGGCUCAUAAUCCAAGUGUGAUGCUUUAUGAAGUUUUCUGGAGUGGUGGAAAAGGAGGUCAGUUUCCUGACUGGCAUUAAUUGAAAAUCUUUUAUGUAUGAUUAGAAAAAAUCUUGAGUGAUAUUAACUGAGAUCAUGUUGGAAGAGGAAUUUCUUUAAUAAAUCCAAAGUGAUGUGAAAUAAUGCAAUGCACUGAGCAAAGUAUUUGUUAAUAUGCAAUAGCAAAGGGGUCUGUCCACCUGCAAGUCUUUUCUGGCAUUGUUCUGGAUUUGGGAAGUACUUUUUUUGUAGACUACGACAUCAUAAGUGAUCUGCCAAAUAAAUGUCUGCUAAUUGGUACCUUGGAUUGGCAAUGUCUGUUAUUCAGUAGAUGCCAGUAGUCUGAUAAAUCACUUUCUUUUGUGAUAAAUUCAGAAGGAUAUUGGAAAGCACAUUAAAAAUUGAUGAAAAUAAACCAGGAUUUUUUUUAUAUUUGCUUGUAAUAUUUUUUCCCAGUUCUUGUUAGUUAAAAAUGAUUCCUGAUUUUGAGAUGCCUCAAAUUUAUCUUCUAAAGUAAUAGAGUACAAUGUUAUGGUAAUCUGUGUUAUUUUUAAUUGUUGGUCGUUCUUGCGACUGUGUAAAUGUAUCUAAAUAUUCCUAAAUUAUUUUCCACAAU